UACACCAAUGUGAAGCCGUCGAUAGCACUAAGCACACUUCCGUAACACUUUUUCAAAGUAUUUUGUACUUCUAAACGAGUGGAACAUUUUCAAAUAGAUGGUUCACUACUUUUAUUUUCAGUUUUUUCUUGAGGGAAGGCUGCCUGCUCGGCCAUCUCUGCACAUUUUCUUCACCGCUGUCAAAUUUUGUUUCCACCGCGAGAAACAAUGUUUGGAUAACAUUCACUCCAGUCAAGGAGCUUAGCGACCGAGCGAAGCGAUGGCAACGUGGCGAAGCUUGCGUGCAAAUGUGCGCCACCUCGGGAUUCUGCCGGAGCUCCGGCGGUCGCGUGGCUUCCGACCUUCACGCCGAGGUCUGAUGGUGGCGACGCCGCUGCGGAACGACUUUUUUAAAGAUCUGGAGGCCAAGCUGAGCGACUCGAGAAAGAAGCUGACCGACGCGCUCCCGGGCAGCACCUGGAGCCCGUUGGACAUCAACCCCGACCUGCCACCCGAGAGGACCGACAUUGUGAUCGUGGGGGGCGGCGUGGUAGGCUGGUCCGUCGCUUACUGGCUCAAGAAGAAGGAGGGGAUCCGGGGCGGGCUCAAAGUCGUCGUGGUAGAGAAGGACACGACGUACUCCCAGGCGUCGACGGUGUUGUCGGCCGGGGGGAUCCGCCAGCAGUUCUCUUUGCCGGAGAACAUCGGCCUGUCCUUGGCGUCCGCCCACUUCUUGAGGAACAUCAACGAGCACUUGGCCGUUCUGAACGAGGAUGCCGUGGACGUGCAGUUCAACCAGGCGGGCUACUUGUUCCUGGCCGACGACAAGGCGGCGCACGUCAUGGAGGAAAACUACCAGGCUCAGAGGGCCGCCGGAGCGCAAGUGUGCCUUCUGUCGCCGACGCAACUCAAAGAGAAAUUUCCCUGGAUCAACGCUGAAGACGUAGCGCUUGCUUCGUACGGUUUGGAGAACGAGGGCUGGUUCGACCCGUGGAGUUUGCUCAACGCGUUCCGAAGAAAAGCCAUUUCUAUGGGCGUCAUUCAGUGUCACGGAGAAGUCACCGGUUUCAAAUAUUCAUCUAUGCAAGCCACUUUGGAGGACGGUCAACUGAUGGAGUUGAGGAGGAUCAAAUCUGUCAGAGUGCAGAUGCCAAACAGUUUGGAGUGCCAACCCGUAGAGUGCGUCUUGGUCGUCAACGCGGCCGGGGCCUUCUCGGCAAAACUGGCCGGCAUGCUGGGAUUGGGACUCGGAUGCAGGGAAACCCUGGCGGGAAUUCCGCUUCCUGUCGAACCCAGGAAACGGUUCAUCUACGUGUUCCACUGUCCUGACGGUCCCGGUCUCGACACGCCCUUUCUCAUCGACCACUCGGGCGUUUACUUCAGGAGAGAGGGGCUCGGAGGGAACUACAUUGCCGGGAGGUCGCCGGACCAGGGGGAGGAGCCGGAUAUAUCCAAUCUAGAUGUGGACCAUCAAUUCUUCCAGGAGAAACUUUGGCCCCAUCUGGCACAUCGCGUUCCGGCUUUUGAAAAGCUGAAGGUGACGAGCGCGUGGGCGGGCUAUUACGACUACAACACGCUGGACCAGAACGGCAUCGUGGGCACGCACCCGCUGGUCAGCAACAUGUACUUCGCCACGGGCUUCAGCGGCCACGGUCUGCAGCAGUCGCCCGCCGUGGGCCGCGCCGUGGCCGAACUCAUCCUGGACGGCGGCUUCACCACGCUGGACCUGAGCCGCCUCGGCUUUCGGCGUAUCGUCGACGGGGAGCCCGUGUUCGAGAGGAACGUUGUCUAAAGCCGUUUGCACCUGUUUGGGAUAAGACUAGCUAGCGGAGCAAAUCCACGGGACUGCCGUUAGUCAAACGACAACAGUUAGCCGGUAAGAGCCGGACAACUGGUUAUAUUGUAUUCCUGAUGGAAGAUUUUAUGGGAAUCAACUGGAAACGGAGGGGUCAUUUGAACAUAUUAGCUGCCAUUGACGGCGCUAAACAAACCAAAUCAGCACUAACAACACUGAAACUAAGAUUUGUGUACACAAUUGAUCAAAUGUGCGUAAUAGGAACAUUUCAGCUUGCUGCCCAAGGGGAUAGUCUCCAGCACCCUAGUGAGGAGAAUCAAUCAAGAUAACGACAUAUCUACCAAAUAUAUGUAGUUCCUGUUCUGCUACGGAUAAAGAUCCCCCUGAGUCUGAAAUAAAAGGACAUUUAUUCAUCACAUGAUGUGAAAUGACAUGUUCAAAUACUGUAGAUGCUAUUCAUAAAAAAGCAAUUUUAUGAGAUCUGGAGAUGAGUCAGUCAUGCUGAUGUUUCUUGUGUCAGGAACAGUGGUGAGUGGAGAAGCCCAAAACCUUAAAAGUAGUCAUCCAAAAAGGUACUCGAGUCCAAGUAAAAACGUAUUUGGUGAAAAGAAUACUCAAGUCAUGGGUAACAUUGUAACUGCUUACAAUGUUUUCUUUUUUAAACAUUUUUCUCAGCACAAAGUUAUCUAUAUCACCUGUUAUUACCAUAACCUAUUACAUGACCAGUUUAAGCCGAAGAAAUACAAAAAAAUCAUUCCAGCAAGAGAAAAAAAACAUCUACAGAAAUGAAGCAUCUUUUGACAAAGAGCACGAGUCCCUUCUACAGGAGAAAAUAGUUCCACGUCUGAAUAGAUCCUAUUGUGACAUUAAAAGGAUCAUAUCUCCGAAUUUCCACGGUCAAUCGGUGCCAAAUAACAAUUGGGACAGAGGUUAAAAUCCCUGCUUUCGAGUCAUGUUGAGGGCAGUGCUCUAUAUCAAAUAUUUUUUUAACGGUGCUUUGAACGGUCUCAAUGGAAAACGACAGUCUACAGGCACGCCAAAUAACAUGACGAAAAAAAAAAAUCGGAAUUGUGCCUUAGGCUAGGUUCAUACUGCAGGUCUAAAGAGCAGAAGCGG